AUGCCUUGGUCCUUUGCCUUGCCCCAGGCGAUCUUCGCGUCGCCGCUUCUUGCGGUCGCAACGCCUAUUGGCGUCGGAAUGACUUCCGCGCUUCUCACGAGUCGCUCCAACACCAAAGACACGUAUAAACAACUCCGCCAACCACCCUUCAGCCCCCCCGCCUGGCUGUUCGGACCAGCCUGGACUGUCCUCUACGGUCUGAUGGGUUAUGCCUCUCACCACUCAACCGCUGUUGCCUCGCACUCUAUUCUGCCUGGUCUCCGUGAAGCCAACCAGACUGCCCAAGUACUGUACACGUCACAACUGGCGCUCAACUUCCUCUGGACUCCACUCUUCUUUGGACUGGGCCGGCCAGCCAGCGCUUUGGCCGAUAUGGCUCUGCUGAUUGGCAAUGUCUCUCUUCUCAUGGCCAACUGGUGGGAUAGUGACCGCACGGCCUUUUGGCUAAUGACGCCGUACCUGGGCUGGUUGAGCUAUGCCUUCUAUCUCAAUGCUGGAGUGGGAUAUCUCAACAACUGGACUCUGUACCCCAAGUCACACUCUGAAUAA